UACCAAUCAUACCUAGGGUGGUCUGCAUCAUGCACACAAGGCUGAUCAGAUAGAUGGUCAGUGCGUUUUACCCCACCUGUCCUUCCUUGAUGACUUGACCAGGCUGAAUGUCUCACGAGCGAACAUGGAUCCAUACUCCUUCACUUUCGUUGCGGUACGAUACGUUUCUUGAGUAUUCGACUCCUUCACCCUGUCCAUCCAGGGUCUUUUCCGUAGCCCGAAAGCUAGACUCGAGUCCCAUGCGUUUAGCGCAAGUGCUUUGACAUAGCGCCUGCCCAGUCGAGUCAGCAUCGCUCUUGAUCCGUCUAUGCGGAUUGCCUUUCUGGCUGUCCUGAACACAGGUGCUCAAGUACAGUGUUGCAACAUCUCACUGCCAGUAUGAACGAAGCUACUGGCAUCAAAGCUCUUAAAUGGCUCAGCCAAGAGAACUAUGCUACCAGACACGCUGAAGUCAAGUCGCAACGAUUGCCUGCCAUUGCGAAGAUGUCAGAAUGGAUUAUGAACUCAGCUCAGUUCCAGACAUGGUUGGCCGAUGAGCAACAGGUACUGCUGUGUUUGGGAGCACCAGGCACGGGAAAGACGGGUAUCACUUCUAUGGUCAUAGACAAGCUGUUUGAAGAACAUGGUCGUGACUCUAGUAUUGGGAUUGCAUUCCUCUAUCCUCGGACCGGAAGAAAGAAUCGAGACCCUCAGCAGCUGCUGCGAAGUGUGUUGCUGCAACUUGGACAGCGCAUGCCAUCAGUUCCAUCCGUAUUGGUAGACCUCUACCGCCGUUCUAGUACCAACGCAUCUCCACCAACAGUUCAGACCCUACUAGGUGUCAUGUCAGGAUUAGUCGCCAACUGGUCAAGGGUUUACUUGGUAAUCGAUGCCUUGGAGCAACUGUUCAGUACCGAUGUACGCAGCUUAUUGUCGGGACUACUCGGACUACAGGAAACCCUUCCGAUCAGUAUAUUCGCUGCAUCCGAUUCUCGGUCAGACAUCAUCGAGCAAUUCAGGCAAUGCCCGACCAUAGACAUCGGUGUCGACACGAAGCAGGACGUGCAAACGUACAUUGCUUAUAGAAUAUCAAAUUUCCCCAGCUCAUUACGAGAUUUUUCUGACCUCAUUGAAAAGGAUGUGAUGAGGGAAUCAGAAGGAUCGUUCCUUCUCGCCAAUCUACUACUAGAUCGUCUCGCCACUUCAUCAAAUUAUAAGCGUGCACGUAAGAUCUCAACGCAGUUUUCAGUGUCGUUGAAUGACCUGUAUGAGAAGAAGAUGAAAAAUAUUGAACAAAAGCCGGAUGAGGAACAGGGUCUCGCGAUAAUGGCUUUCGCAUGGCUCCUACGUGCACAGAGACCCUUGAAAAGAAUGGAGCUUCAGACUGCACUUUCAAUAAAAGUUGGCUCGUCUGAAAUGAAAGACGGUGACUUUCCAGAUGAUAUAGAGAUUCAAACAAUAUGUGAAGGCCUUGUUGUCUUCACGGACAAGUCCGACACAUGGUCUUUGAUUCACUCCUCGGCCGCUCAAUAUCUGCAGAAAGCUCUAGAUACAUGGUAUCCUGAAUCCAAAACUAUAGUAGUUGAAGGAUGUCUGACUUAUCUGGCCCUCCACACGUUUGGCGAAAGUUAUUGCACGUCAGAUCAAGAGUUCGAGCUGAGGCUGCAGCAAAAUCCUCUUUACGAAUAUGCUGCAAAGUACUGGCCGAACCACUUUCGAGACUGCCAGGAUCUACCAGAGGGAAUACUUCGUUCAUUUCUGCUCAACCAAACCAAGGUAGCAUCUGCAAGUCAAGCAAUGAGCUUACUGGAGACCGAGUUCCGACAACCGGGGUAUAGCCAGGAUUUUGACCAUAAACAGACUGGCCUUCACCUUGCAUCACAUCUCGGAUUGGAACGUAUUGUAGAGUUCUUGUUGAAACAAGGACAAGACCAAGCAUUGAGGGACUCACAGGGACGAACCCCUUUGUGGCGCGCAACGGAGGCUAACCGCAACAUGAUCAUGAUCAUACAUAGUCGUACAGACCGAACAACCUUCACACUGAUGCUGGAUAGGAAGGAGAGUCCACUCGCCUACUCACUGUUGAGAGUCGCAGGUCAAGGUGUUAGAGAUGUGCGAUCAAGAAACGCUUUCCACAUCGGCGUCGUGCGUCAAGACUCAGACUUGAUACAGCACGCCGUUACUUGUGGUGUAGAUAUCGAUGAAAGAGAUAUAAAUGGAUACUCAGCACUCCAACUAGCUAUGCAGAUCCAAUGGACGUCGGGUAUAGACCUACUGCUCCAAAAUUUAGCCAAAACAGAAGGCAUCACUGCGUCGAGCUGGCUAAAAUGUCACGGAAGACCACUAUCAGAUACUGUUGAACUAUGGAAAGAUAGUCCGGGAUGUACGAAAUUCAUUUCCUCGACUACACAGGAGUCCAGUCGUAAUGGGCUGCCCACGCGUAACAAGAGGCGCCUUCGUGUAUUCUCUGGGAUUGCUGCCUGGCCAAUGGACGUUAGCAUCAAUCCGAAAAGUAGUCAGAAUGGUGCAAUCUCGUGGUUGAGACGCGAACUCGCCAACACAUCACUGAAUGAUGAUUAUCUCCAACAUUAUUCGGUCGUUGCGCCAAUGCCAGUGCAGGGGGAUCUUGGCAAUGAUAGAACCUUCAGCUACCGUUUUAAAGAUAUCAGAAUUGGCUGGACCACGGCGUCCUUUCCAGACUCCAGCGGUGGAGACCAUCUAGUAGCAGUUGAUUAUCUCAGUACGAUUCAAAUUGGAUCGGUACCAGAGAGCGAAGCGGCGUUGUUCAAGAUGUUGAUCCAUACUCUUAUGGAAGGAUGGACAGACCUUUGCAAUCGUAUUGAUGGUCAUUUGAUCGACUGUCGACCUGACGUCCUUGCUGCGAACGGGAGUGAUCCAAAGCUCAUCCGUCGUCUGCUGGAAGAUGCAAACACCUGGUUUAAGCUCCGUGACAUACUUCAAAGACAAAUCAAGACACUCAGAGGGUUCUGGGACGGGAACCUUCAAGAUUUUGGGAGCAUCGCUGUCACUACUGAAGCCUUCGCGCGCGAUGUCAGCUUACAAAUCGACAGAUUCGAUUCCAUUUCGGCUUCUCUGGUCCAGAUUGACUUCAACCUUACUUCUAUCAGAGAGGUACAAAUGUCGACAUCGCUGAAUCGUAGCAUGAAGCGUCUCAGCUGGAUCACAUUCGUAUUCCUACCGCUUGUAUUUGUCUCUGGCCUCUUUGGCAUGAAUGUCGACAUUCUCGAAUCGAAUCCGUCGUGGAAAUGGUGCCUAGUUUUCAUGGCUGGAACGUUGAGCCUCACAAUGAUGGUAUGGAUCGUCUUCAAAAGAUUCCCAGAUUUGGAAGACAAGUUGGAGGACAGUUUUGGCUGGUUGGCUAGGCCAUCUGUUCGCAAACAACCCCUCAAUGAUCCGGAAAAAGGAUUGGUAUCAGGCAAUGAGAAAAAGUUCGUUUGAUUGCAAGGUCGGGAGUUAAUCUCUUUCAGUACAUCACAGUAGCGGUUUCGCUGCUCGUUUUUAUAUAUUUUUUCAUAGUCAUAUUAGUCAUUCUUAGUUG